UUUUUCAAUUUGAGAGAUUUGAGUGGUUUGUUGCGAAUUUCUCAACGGGAGUGGCAUCCCUGCGUAACAUCUGACCACUGUAUGCGUGCGCGUGAAAUGUCAAAUAAUUUCAUAAACAUUUAUAUUUUGUAAAAUAAUAAAUUAUUGUAUAUAUACGAAAAAUACUGAUUUCAAAGUGUAUUCGCGUUUGCUUAAUUAUUUUUUGUUGUCCGUACGACAACUUUCAAAGAGUACUUGCGCUAUGGCUCCUUCGAUACCGGACAGAUGGCUAAACUAUUUACCUGUGGGCAAACGUGUUGAGGGCACUCGCUUUAUUGCAUUUAAGGUGCCGUUGCGGGAGACCGUUAAUGUGAAUGUGGAAGAAAAAAAGCGCCUAGAUGUAAACAUUUUAUUGAAAACAGUGCCUAAAUUAGGUAUGAUAAUAGAUUUGACCAAUACCUCCAGAUAUUAUAAUCCAGAUUCCUUCGUAAGUCAAGGUUUGGAAUAUAAUAAAUUAAUGAUUCCCGGUCAUCACACUCCUCAGAAAAAUUUAGUUAACAAAUUUAAAGAUAUGGUGCUGAGCUACUUAAAGAAAAACCCUGAUAAUGAUAAACUCAUUGGUGUACACUGUACGCAUGGCGUCAAUCGCACUGGCUACCUCAUAUGCAAUUUCAUGAUAUCUGAGCUGGAUAUGAAACCGGAGGAGGCAAUAGAUAAAUUCAAUACUUCACGUGGUCAUCAAAUCGAACGCAAAAACUAUUUGGACUCAUUACUUGAUUUAAACAAGCUGAAACAGUCUGGCGUACGGGCAGAUAAGCCGCUCGUCAAAGAGCCUAUCUCUUGGCGGGCACCUGCUGAACGGCUUUCUUGGCGCACACUUGCUGAGCCUGCCUUGCCGCCAUCGCCACAAGUGUUUGAUAAGCGCGAUCGCUUCGAACGUUUUCGUCAGGAAUCAAAUGCGCAGCGACAACAUACUACACGACCUCCGCCUCAAAGAUUCGAAAAUAAUAAUACUUUUAAUCGGUCAGGUGGCAAUAAUCGCAAUUAUAGUAGUCGAUAUGUAAAUGGAAGCAGGUCGCAAGUUGCCUCGAAUUUUCCUCAAAACAAUUCAAAUCAUAAUAAUUAUCAUACAAUUAACACUACUAAUAACCAAUUUGUAGCGCAUGCCUAUGAGAGCCACAGAUAUGAUGAGCAGCCAAAUCGUAAUCAUUACAAAGUGGAUAAUCGAUUUGUAGAUCGGAGGCAGUACAGACCUCAUCCAUACCAAAAACCGCGUGUCGAAGAGUCGAGAUCCUCUGCAUACCGGAAGUCCCGGUUUGAUGAGUCGAGGUCCUCUGCUAGCCAGAAGUCACGAUUUGACGCGUCGAGGUCCUCUGGAUACCAGAAGCCACGAUUUGACGAGUCCAGACCUCAUACGAGUGCAUACCGAAAUCGACCAUUUCAACGUGAAUAGCAUACAUUUAGGCUCAACAUUUUUUUUACUCUAAAUUAAAAUGGGUAUACAUACCGACAUAUGCCGACAAAUAAUAAUCAUUAUUAAGUAGAGCAAAAGAAUAUUUACAUAUAUAUGUACAUACACAUUUACUUG